UACUUGCUCUACUUAUAACUAUUCCUUCCUUCUUCUUUCCUUUUCUCUCGUCGCUCGUUCGCUCGCUCGUGCCGAUCGGAGUUUAGGAUCGCACAACCUCGACUGGGUGCGGGGACAGCCGAGAAAGAAAGAAAAUCAGAAAAAAGAAUUGGCCGGCCUCCUGGCUGCGUUAGUGUGGUUUAAAGCACGAUGAUGACAUCUCCUGCUCAGCGAUCCCAGCCUGCCGUCGAUGCCGCUGCCGCUACCACGACUAUUACCACUGCUGCUGCUGCUAUUGCUGUCGCUGCUGCUUCUGCUCUUCAUCCUCCGUUUCGAUUCUCUCCCUCUACUACCACUGAUUCACCCUCGAGACGCCACUCCAUCGUCGUGCCAAACUCCUCUGAAACGACUUCCUCCACCACCUCCAUCACCACCAGCACCUCCUCACCAUCGGCUUUGCCACCUCUUCUGCCGGGACUGAUCUCGACCCCUACAGCCACGGCGUCCACCCAGCCCGACCAGACGGGGAGACCGCUGUCGACUCUGACGGAACCCACCCCACGGAAGAGCCGAACCCCGAAAGACGUCGCCAAGCGACUCUUCGAGCAGGCCAUCUCGUCUUCGUCCAGCCGAUCGUCGCGGAGAAGACGGACCAUCUGUUUCCCCGUAAAUACAGACACCACCACCACCACCACCACCUCCUCCUCCACCUCCACCGCCUCCACCACCCCGAUGCUGCGCGUAAUGGGCGGCGGGAACUCCGGUAUUCCCUCACAUCAUGUCACUACGACGGCUCCCAGACCGGUGCCGAGCCAGUGCUCCUCGGGAGCUUCGUCCACAACUUCCGUCAGUACGGUCAGCAGUACCAGUAGGCCCGGACCGACCCCGAGACAGCGACCGACGAGCGCCUCUCGCAUCCACGACCCUGGCCCGGUUCCCAUGUAUGAGAAGCCGCAAGCUUCGUCGAGCGGCGGCGCCGUGACCAUGACCAUACAGCUUGCGGAGCCGAUCCUGUUUCUGCAGGGACUGGACGGGAGCGAGAGCAUCCGGAGGGCUGCCAUGCUGCGGGGUAGCAUGAUCCUGCGGGUCACGAAGCCGACAAAGAUCAAGGCGGUGACGUUGACGUUCAAGGGACGCGCUCGAACGGAAUGGCCGGAAGGAAUCCCACCUCGCAAGUCGGAAUAUUUUGAAGAAAAGGAAAUCAUGCAGCACACGUGGCCCUUUUUCAACGCUCAGUUCGUGACGGCGGAGCUGGGCCAUUGCGCGGAUUCGUUUACCCCGCGGAAACCCACGUCCGGCUCCUCGACGGAAAGCGGCGUUGGUGGCCUCCCAAAGAGCAACUUCAUGUGGACGGCGACACCCGCCGAGCACAAAAACACCUUGCGCAUGACAAAGUCGCGGAGCCUAUCGAGAGGAGAAUCGCCACAUCGACAGCUCUCGAUCGCGCAACGCGGAUACCGCAUAUUCCCGCCCGGUGAUUACGCCUACAACUUUGAGUUGCCGCUCGACAGUUGUUUGCCAGAGACGGUAAACGUCGAGCUGGGGUCUGUAAAGUACGAACUGGAAGGUUCGAUAGAGAGGCCGGGUGCGUUCCGCUCCAACCUGACGGGAAAGAAGGAGGUCUUGUUGGUUCGGGUGCCUUCGGACGCGAAUCUGGAGCAAACGGAGCCAAUCGCGAUCAAUAGGACCUGGGAAGAUCAGCUCCAUUACGACAUCGUCAUCUCGGGCAAAGCGUUCCCGCUCGGAGCAUCGAUACCGAUCGCCUUCAAGCUGACUCCUCUGGCCAAGGUUCGCUGCCAUCGCAUCAAGAUCUUCAUCACUGAGAACAUCGAGUACUCGUGCAAGAACAAGAAGGUCCAUCGCAUCGACCCGGUCAAGAAGGUUCAGUUGUUCGAGAAGCGCGCGGAAGCACCGGCCACGUCGGCGUUUGCGGGCUCUUCGGUUCGAACCACUUCUGGUGGAGGUGUCACCACACACAGCAGCGGUGGUACGGAGGAUGUGGUCAACGGAACGGACAACCUCCUUGGGGAUCUUCACGGCACGCCAAACAUCGGACCGACAGAGAUGGAGUUCAAUGUGCAGUUGCCUGGGUGUAACGCGAAGGAGCGGGAUCGUAUCCAUUUCGAUACCACCUACGGAAACAUCCAGGUGCAUCACUGGAUCAAGAUUGUGAUGCGACUCAGCAAGCAGGAUCCCACCGAUCCGACCAAGCGUCGCCACUUUGAGAUCUCGAUCGACUCGCCCUUCCAUUUACUCGCCUGCCAGGCGACACACGCCAACACCACUCUCCCGGCGUACGACGAUCCCCAAUCCGGCGGGCCAUCAUCGACGGGCUCCUGCAGGUGCCCGCCAUUCCGACGGGACUCCUCGCGCACGGCUCAGCAGACCCCGGCGCUACAACGAAAUCCCACCACGGCUCCACCUCCUCCGUUUACACCGAGUGUGCGGCCACCCGCAGUUCGAUAUCCAACCAUGAACCCACCACCAUUCAGCGCCGAGCCGGACCCAUUACCGCUCGUCACCCCGCCGCCGCGCUACGAUUCCGUCAUAGACAGCAACGAGGGACUGGCGGGAUACUUUUCCCGGCUGGCGGAGGCAACGGAGGAUGACGAUACCGACGACGACAGUACCAACGGCUCUGCCCGCGGAAGACCCCCGCUGCUGCCGCUCACGCCUGGCGGAAGAGUUGCUAGGAGCAUGGACGAGAGGCGGACGUGGUAGUGUAUGAUUAUGAUUUACGAUUUGUUGUGGGUUUCUUGUUAUGCCGUUGGGGUGUAUAUAAAUUCUUUCGGAUGCUGUCUGUAGUGUAGUGUGGGGGUAUACCAUCUUUUUCUUUUUUCUUUUUUCUUCUUUGUUUUCUUUUCGGUUUGUCAUUUGGCUUGUUGAUGGAGAAGUGGGCGUUUGGGGGCGUUGUUUUUGCAUUUUCUGUUGAAUAACAUACAUAGGAUGGAACGGGAUGGGGAUGGGUUGGGAAAUUAGACUGGAUUGGAUGAUGGAUGAUGGUUGAUGGAUCCGCGCGUUUCCGUUGUGGUGGUCACACUCGUGGUCAACUGUGAACAGUAGUCAACUGUCUACAGAGGUGGGAAACAGAGGUGGGAAUACGGGAUCAAACGGAACCGUGGGCC